GUCAGCCGCGUGGUCGACGCCAUCCCCUACUGCUCCCAGGCGUGGGCGUUGCUGACUGAGGAAGAAAAGAUGGCAUAUAGAAAGGAGGCUCAUAAGUGGAAAGAAGAGAAAUGCUCUCAGAAGACAGUGAAAGAGACACAUAAUCUGGAUCAUCCAGCUCCUGCUUGUCUGACCACAAGGAUGCCCAGUGUUACUUCUCUUCCAAAUACUUCUGCUAUGUCUUGGAAGAACGAUGAAGCUGUGGUUGCAGACGUCUUCUACUUCCUGAACAUUUACAGCCAUGGCAAGCUGCCGUCCCACUGUGAGCAGCGCUUUCUUCCUUGUGAGAUUGGAUGUGUCAGGUACUCCUUGCUGGAUGGCAUAACGGCUGAUUUCCAUCACUUCAUAGAUCCAGAAGUACCGCCAUAUGGGUUUCUGUAUCACUGCCAGGCUGCUAGUGAUGCCACUCACAAGAUCCCUGUGUCUGGAUUUCACCUUUCACGCACUUGUUACGCAGUUGUCUUACAGGAACUUCUCAAGUUUGCUCAGCCAGCCAGAGGUGUUUGGCCUCAUUUCUACUGCAGGUCUAAUGACAGAUUCCGAAUUAACUGGUGUCUCAGUCGAAUGGCUAGCGUAACAGGCAUUGAGAGCCAUGUGGAGCUUCUCACUGUAGAAGACCUGGUAACGGAACUGUACCAGAAGAAGUACCAAAAGGAGCCAUCCAAGACUUGGGUGUGUAGAGAACUGGAUGUCUGCUUGUGGGAUUUCUGCAGUAAUACCAGGUGCAAGUGGCAUGAAGAGAUUGAUACACUCUGCUGUGCUUUGGCAUCCUGUAAGAAGAUUGCUUACUGCAUCAGUAAAUCUUUAGCUAGUUUGUAUGGAGUCUCACUGACAGCAGCUCACCUACCUCCUCAAGACUCUGACUAUGGUGAAAGCAAGAAUACCAAGGUGGUGAUACUGGAUGCUGGGUGUUUUCAGAAAACGAGGGCUGAGCAUUCUGAUGGUGACAGACAUUCCACUUCUCCAAGUCAGGAUCAAGAGUUUGUCCUUGCUAACUGUGAUUCUCCAUGUGGUGUCAAGACUUCCCUUUAUGGCACGAGUACAGCGAGGGGAAGAGGAGUUACACGAUUGUUGAGUUGCGCAUCUGAUCUACCCAGGUCUUCCAGUAAUUGA